GCAGUGCACUGCCUGUGUCUGAGCCUUUUCUUUCGCAAGUUUCUCAACCACCCUUUCACCACGGCCACUCCCCCUGUUGUCUCCCCGGGCCGCCAGGUGGGUUUCGCCUUUGCAAAGAUACUGCUUUUGUUCCUUCAGCGAUGAAUGUUGCAUCCUUGUGAUUAUUGCCAGCGCACGAGUUUCUGAAGGCAACGUCUGGCUCUCGCUGCUAACCCACGUCACGUGCACUCUUCGGCAGUUAUGGAGGAGUAUGCGCGGCUAUGCUGCCUUGCCGUCGAAGAUGUCUAUGGGAGUUUUCUUGCUGAAAUCUUUCAACAUCUAGCCCAACAAGGCAGGCUCUCUGUGAAUCAAGUUGCACAAAAAUGUCGACUUCCCUUACGUCAGGUCAAGGCUGGCAUGGCCGCGUUGAUUCAGCUUCGUUUGGUUUAUCAACAUACCACUCCCGAUGGGUCGUCGACAUAUCAAGCCAACACGCAUAGUGCGUACAAUCUAAUCCGGACUGGCCAGUUGGUUGAACUCGCUGCGCGGAGAUAUGGCCAAGCGGCUGCCAAGGUUAUGGAGCAUUUGGCCAUCCUCGGCUAUGCCACCCCUGAUGAACUGGAGGCACGUGUAUCUGGUGACGGCCACUUCGCUAAUCCUCAAGAACCCGCUGCGUCUACAAACGGGCAUUUGCAGAAUGGUGCCACCCCUGACGUCGAUCAAAAGUCCAGGGAGCGUUUCCGAACCGCUCUCAGGUGUCUAAUCGAUGACCGUUUCAUCACGAGCGUCCGCGACGCACAUUUUCAAUCACCGUUCGAUGCCCGCCAAGAGGUUGAGCGUCAUUUUCGCCAUCUUGGUGUAAUGCCGUCCGCCAAGGGCAAGAAGGUGCAGUCGGAGAUUGAUCACAGGGUCGAUGUGGAACUCGAGUCGCGGAUGGAUGGCACCAUCUCCUCCAACUCGGUUCUCCAGUUUCUCGAACAGCGGGAGCGCAGUCAGGAAAAUGCCGUGUAUAGUCAGUCUGUGCCCAUGCUAUGCAUCGACCACUCAAACCUUGUUAUGUCUACACGCAAUGAAAGAUUAGCCAUUGCGGUGGAGAAGAGAUUCGGCCGAGAGGCAGCACAGGUGCUGCGAGCGGCCUGCCUGCAAGUCGAUGUUGACUCAGGUCCCGUCAAGCGUCGAGAUAAUACGUCAGCAAUGAUACACCGCCUCAAUACCCCGAAAAUUAGCAAUGAUAUAUCCGAAGAGGACAAACUAGUGGGCCAGAACGGAGAUUUUGGUGGACACAACUGGCGUUCAGAGGGGCGUCUCGUCAAUGGUCACCGUGACCAACUCGUCAAUGGCGCAAUGCACAACCGGCAGAUUGAAUCUCAACUAGCAGUCCUAGCUGAGGGGCCUUUCAACUUUCUCUCCCAGGAUGCUAGUGGUAAUCAAUGGUUUUUGCACAGAACGCGUCUGAACCAUUUCCUGCGCGACGAAGAGUUGAUGAGACUGAUGGGAGAGAGUUUGGAUGGACCGGCACUCAGAAUUGUGCGGAUGCUCAUGGAUAAGGGCAAGUUGGAUGAAAAGACAUUGCAGGAGAUAGGAUUGUUGGGCGCCAAAGACCUCCGCCAGUGUCUGGCCCAACUUCAGAUGUUGGGGUUUCUGGAGCUCCAGGAAGUCCCACGGGAGCCGCAGAGGCAGCCUAACCGCACGAUAUUCCUCUGGUUUUAUGACCCGGAGCGAGUUCGGAAGUUAUUCCUCGGCAGGCUCUACAAAACGAUGGCAAGACUAUUCCAGCGGUUGCGACUUGAAAGAGAACGACUGGCAUCCACCUUGAGUAAAGUGGAGAGGACCGAUGUGCAAGGAAGCGAAGCGGAGAUGCUCGCACCCGCCGAACUCCAAGUGUUGCUCCAAUGGCGACGCAAGGAAGCUUGGUUCAUGGCUGAGAUCAACCGUCUCGACGAAUCUGUCAUGAUACUUCGUGAUCUGUGAACCGCUGAGCAACAGUGUGGCUAGUAUGGCAUGUGGGAACGCCAUAUUCGACGUGCUAUAUGCAUGACGAGGGUUUUGUUUCCUGUCCACAAUACGGGUAUACUUCAAUCCAGCUCCGGCGUUGGACAGCCAGAUGUCCGGUGAUUCACAACAAGCUUCUUUGAACUCUGGGCCUUUGCCGCUGUUACCACAAGGGAGCUGUCUUUUUCGGUCCCAGCACCGGUCCCAGUGCUAGUAUACAGAUUCAUAAGAUGUCAUGCUGCGCUGCGUGUGGUAGUGAGCAAUGGUUGAUUCCUUAUGUAAGUACAAGACAGAGUACCGGGCUUUUCUGCCCAUGCGCCUUUGCGAUGAGAUAGCGUGACAUUCUCCCAGUGUCGUAGAAGUUUGACUGCAACGGACUGGCAUUCCAGCUUCAAUGAACACUGGCAUGUGUAAUGGUAGAUGCUGUCCCUGUAGGGGAUCUCAGGCUGGGAGAAUCUGAGACACGACAAGCUUUUGCCAGUGGAACAUGCAACGCGCCAAAGUUAAUCCGUGCCGUUCCUUUCC